UAUGAACGUCAGUAACUCGUCGAAUGCGACGAGUGCUCCUAUCGAACAAUAUCAAGUUUGGCAAAAAGUUUUUAUUAGUCUCUUCCUAACCGUAUUAACUGUCGGAACGGUUAUAGGCAAUUCUCUCGUCUGCAUAGCCGUCGGUAUAGUUCGUAGACUUCAAUCGCCCUCUAAUCUACUUAUCGUCUCAUUGGCCGUAUCCGAUCUUCUCGUAGCCCUACUCGUCAUGCCCUAUGCUGCGGCCUACGAAGUCGAGAGUUAUUGGAUAUUAGGUAGAAUGAUGUGUGACGCCUGGACAUCUUUAGAUGUAUUACUUUGCUCAGCCAGUAUUCUCAACUUAUGCUGCAUAAGUAUCGACCGAUACCUGGUUAUCACUCGACCGUUCGACUACGCGCUCAAGAGGACGCCCACAAGAAUGGGCUUAAUGAUCCUAGCCGUCUGGCUCAUUUCCGCCAUCGUUUCCAUUCCGCCGGUUUUCGGCUGGAAAACAGAACCUCCAGAAGGACAUUGUAUCAUUACACAGGACAUUGGAUAUCAGUUUUACGCAACAAUUUUCGCCUUUUACUUGCCCUUGGGCGUUAUGAUAUUUAUCUAUUAUCGGAUUUACACCGUCAGUUCGAGGAUAGCUAAAAGAGAGAAGCGCUCCCAACCGCAAUUAAAUAACAUCGAAAUUCCCCUUCAGGAGCCGUCGGCCGCCAACGGCAGUGGCGGCGGUAGUAAAUCGUCGAAGAAGAGCAAGUCAGGUCAUGUAUCGAAUAGGGAAGGGAAAGCUAUUGUAACAUUGGGCGUCAUUAUGGGAGGCUUUACAGCCUGUUGGCUCCCAUUUUUUAUACUUGCCCUAAUCGACCCCCUAUGCAGGCAAUGUAUUCCAAAAGGGGCGAUUUCGUUCUUCCAAUGGCUCGGCUACGCUAAUUCUUUCCUCAACCCCAUAAUCUAUGCCCGAUUUAACACGGAGUUUAGACAGCCAUUUAAAGAGAUUUUACUGUGCCGUUGCAGAGGUAUAAAUUCUCGGCUAAGAAACUUGGCAAACCACUGA